AUGCGCAUCUCCUCGCCCUCCCACGCCUUAGCCCUCGCGCUCACCCUCACAACCCUCCUCCAUGCCACACACGCACUCAACACCGCCAAGCAGCGGAAAUUCAACCUCCUCGCCGAAAUGGGAUACAACCCAGACGGCACACCCAUGGCCUCCAGCUUCAAAAACGCCCCGCCGGAUACCUCAUCCCUCUCCGCGCUGCUCAAGUCCAAAACCUCGGAAUCUGGGGCUGCGUCGAGGUUGUCGAGGACCGAGAUCAUUGUCCCAGAGUAUGUGACGCUGCCGCUGGAUAAUUUCCAUGCGAGCAAGGGUCAGGAUGCGGAGUAUGAGGGCUCGUUUGCGAAUCGCUACUGGGUGGCGGAAAGUGGGUAUCGGCCGGGUGGUCCGGUGUUUGUGUAUGAUGUGGGUGAGGCGGAUGCCGAGCCCAAUGCUCUGUUUCGGUUGCAGAAUGAGACGAGUUUUUUUAAACAGAUUGUGGAUGAAUUUGGGGGGAUUGGAGUGGUUUGGGAACAUCGGUUUUAUGGAAACUCCACCCCUGAACCCAUAAACAUCAACACACCACCCGAAGUCUUCAAAUACCUCACCACCGAACAAUCCCUCGCAGACGUCGAACGCUUUGCCAAACAAUUCUCUCGCCCAAACAUCAACCACACCCUCACCCCCGACGCAACACCCUGGAUCUUCAUCGGCGGCUCCUACCCCGGUAUGCGCGCAGCCUUCAUGCGCAACAUGUACCCCGACACCAUCUAUGCCGCCUACGCCUCCUCCGCCCCCGUCCAAGCCAGCAUCGACCAAUCCUUCUAUUUCGACCCCAUCUGGCGCGGUCUCAACGCAAAGGGCUUCGGAAACUGUACCCGCGACAUCCAAGCCGCCGUCCGGCACAUGGACGACAUCAUGGACACGGACGAAGACGCUGCCGCCGCUCUCAAAGUGCAGUUUCUCGGCCUCGGCGCCGCUAACAAUUCCCACGCUGGGUUUGCGGAUGCGCUGACGACCAUUUUUUACCUUUGGCAGAGCUAUGGGGUCGAGGGGGGUGCGUUGGGGCUUCGUCGGUUUUGCGAUUGGAUGGAGACGGAUCCCCAGCAGGGGAAUCGUACGGCGGGGGCAGAGGGGUUUGCAGAGAGUAAAGGGGUGGAGUAUGUGGUGGCGAGGUGGGCGGCGUAUCCGCACUUCAACGCGGGUGUGAAUGAGUAUUUGGAAACGGAGUGUUCGGGCAAGACGAAUGUUACGGGGACUUGCGAUUUGGGUGGCUUGUUUACCAAUGCCGAGAGUAUUUCGUGGACGUGGCAGUAUUGUACGCAGUGGGGAUACUUCCAAUCAGCCAACCUCGGCCCCAACCAACUCGUCAGCAAAUACAACUCCCUCGACCACCAACACGACAUCUGCCACCGCCAAUUCCCCGACGCUCCCGGCUCCCUCUUUCCAGACUGGCCCCUCGUCGACCACACGAACCGCGUCUUCGGUGGCUGGUCCAUCAGGCCUUCCAACACCUACUGGUCUAAUGGAGAAUUCGACCCGUGGCGCACGUUGUCUCCCGCCAGUGCAGAGCCGUUCGCGCCGGACGUACGCGUGUUUGCCGAGCCGGUUCCAGAAUGCGGGAGCAGCCAGAGCGGAGACGAGGUGUUUGGCUAUGUGUUGCGGGACGCGGAGCAUUGUUUUGAUUUUCGGACGACGGGGGUGACGGUGCCGGGGGGUGAGAUUAGUAGGGAGAUUUUCAAGGGGGCGUUGAGGGAGUGGUUGGGCUGUUUUCAGGGUAAGCCUGGGUAUGGGAGGCGUUGGAGGGCCUAG